GCCUCGGCGGCCGCGGCGGAGGCCAGCCUGGGGGAGGCGGCGGCCCUGGCCGGGGAGAAGGCGGAGGCGGUGGCAGCCACCGAGGCCAGCCUGGCGGAGGCCAGCCUCGAGGAGGCCAGGGGGGCCGCUGCGGAGGCUGCUGCGUCGCCUUCCUACGGGAGGGUGGACAUGGAUGAGGAGCUGGCGGCGGCCUUGGCUGCAGAAGAGGAAGAGGCGGCGGCCGGGGGCUCCGAUGGAAACCCAGACUUUCCCACGGCCUCGCUCUACGUGGGCGACCUGCACCCCGACGUGACCGAGACCAUGCUGUACGAGAAGUUCAGCCCCGCCGGGCCCAUCGUGUCCAUCCGCAUUUGCAGGGACAAGAUCACCCGGCGCUCCCUGGGCUACGCAUAUGUCAACUACCAGCAACAGCUGGACGCCAAGCGGGCCCUGGAGACCAUGAACUUUGACGUUAUCAAUGGCAGGCCGGUGCGCAUCAUGUGGUCCCAGAGGAACCCGUCGCUCCGCAAGAGCGGGGUGGGCAACGUCUUCAUCAAGAACCUGGGCAAGACCAUCGACAACAAGACGCUGUACAACAUCUUCUCGGCCUUUGGCAACAUCCUGUCCUGCAAGGUGGCCUGUGACGAGAAGGGGCCCAAGGGCUACGGGUUCGUGCACUUCCAGAAGCAGGAGUCGGCCGAGCGGGCCAUAGAUGCGCUGAAUGGAAUGUUCCUGAACUACCGCAAGAUUUUCGUGGGGAGAUUCAAGUCCCACAAGGAGAGAGAGGCCGAAAGGGAAGAAGCCUGGGCCAGCCCGUCCACCAGUGCUGACUUCAGGGGUUUCGAUGAUGACUCCGAUGAAGAGGCCACCUUCCGAUGAAGACAUCCCAGGCCCCAGCCAGUAGAGCCAAAUCUUGGCUCCCACCCCGUUUACAGCCCCCCCACCCCGCCCCAACC